AACUUUAUUUAUUAAUUUUAUCUCCAUCACAAAUAUUUAUCAUGUCCAAUUUUUUCUCCAUGAAUUUUUCUGCUAUUUUUGAGAUUUCCCCAACACAAACCUUUUUAUAUAGUGCCUCUGCAAUAUUUACUUUGUUGUUCACAAUUGUUAUGUGGAAAAUUUCUCAAAACGUUAUAAAACGUCUGACAAAAGAAAAAAAAGAACAAACUUCGAAACCGAUUGGAAAGGUGGAAAAAUGGCCAAUUGGUGAAGAUACGAAAGCAGAGAUCAAAGAUAGUAAGAAAUUAGAACAAGAUCCCGUGGAGUUUUGCGGACACAUCCCAGCUCAAGUAAAAAAAACCCAACAACGUUUGGCUAAAGAAACCAUCGAGAAAGGCUUAACUAAAGAACAGCUAAAAGAAGAGCAGGAUAUGCAAAGAAAGCAAUUGGAAGAAAUUUUCAAACUAAUGGAAAAGGAUCAAGAUAGAUUUGGCGUUGGCUCUAUAGAAGAUAUGCGCAAUCAAAUGUCUCUGUAUAUAAAUAAAAACUGUCUAAAAACUCAAUACGAUCUUGAAUCCUUGCGCAAUUGUUUUGAUUCUAAUCAAAAUUUGAGAAAGCUAUUUAUAUUGUUUGCUCUAUCAGAAACUCAAAAUGGCAGUAAAAGGAUUAUUACGUCGGCCAUUUGUAAAAUUCUUGAAUCAGUAAAUUUUAGAGCAGAGAAGAUGGCGUCCACAAAGAUUGCGCAGUGGAUAUUUUUAGCUGUUCUUUCCCUUUUAACGGUAUCAUCAUAUGGAUUGACUGAGGCAGGCAAAAAAUUACUAGCCGAGAGACUUGCCCGCACUGCUUUGACAAAAUGGGCAGAUGAACACAAGAUCGAAAAUGCUUUAAAGUUGGACAAUAUAUCAAUCAUCAAAAAACAUGGUGUUUUAGCUGAGCUAUGGAAAGUAAAAUUUACAGUUCAUGAAACAAGUUGUUCAAAAGAUGUGAUAUCAACUGCACUUUGUGCAACCAAAUCGAUUCGAAAAUGCUCAGCAAAUAUCAGAGUAAGCGAUUUGCUUUUUGGAGGUGCUCCAGAACAAAGUAUAGAAACUAUAUGCUCUCCCCCAAACUUCGUCCAAAGUCAUAAUCAACAGCACUUAAUCGGAGGAGAGGACGAGGCUGAUGUGGAGGAAGAAAGUGUUAAAAAGGCAGUAGCUUUUGCUGUUAAGAUUCACAACUUAGAAUCAAAUUCCCUCUAUACCCAAGUUCUGGCUAAUAUCGAUAGGGCAACGAAACAAGUUGUUAACGGCGUAUUGUACAAAAUUCGCUUUCAUAUCAUUUCAACGAAAUGUAGAAAAAAUCGACAGAACGUUAAUGACGAAUGCUUAAAGGUCACACUUGAUUCCCCUAUAAAAGAAUGUUAUGCGGAAAUCUUACAUCAAGCUUGGCUUAAAGAAAAAUAUUCGUUUCUAAGAGGGAAAAGUGUGCAAUGUCUCAAAUGGAAAUUGAAAGCAAGAGAUGUAAAUACAGAUCUGUUUGAAACUUUCAAGAAAGAACAUGGUAAAACUUAUUCCAGCAUUAAAGAGGAAGAAAUGAGACAUAAGAUAUUCUAUGACAAUAUGAAAAAAAUUGAAAUAUUGCAAGCAAUGGAUAAGGGUUCUGCUAUUUAUGGUCCUACGAAAUUUGCUGAUUUAACAGAGGAAGAAUUUGGAAAAUUUAUGCUUCCUUCUAGAUGGAAUACAUCAUUCGACGCACGACUAAAGGAAGCAGUUGUCCCUAACGUCGCUGUACCAACCUCUUUUGACUGGCGUACUCAUAAUGCUGUGACUGAAGUGAAGAAUCAAGGCAUGUGUGGCUCUUGCUGGGCUUUUAGCACCACCGGUAACAUAGAAGGGCAAUAUGCCAUAAAACAUGGAAAGCUUUUAUCCUUCUCCGAACAAGAACUUGUUGAUUGUGAUAAAAUAGAUGAAGGAUGUAACGGCGGUUUACCUUCUAACGCAUAUGAGGCUAUUAAAAGUAUUGGAGGGUUAGAGACAGAAUCGCAAUAUCCUUAUGAAGGAUCUGGAGAGAAAUGUAAAUUUAAAAAAUCGGAUGCUAAAGUAGAUGUCAGUGGCGGAUUGAAUAUAACGAGUAACGAAAAAGAGAUGGCUCAAUGGCUUGUUUCUAAAGGGCCAAUAUCUAUUGGCAUAAAUGCUUUUGCUAUGCAGUUCUAUAUGGGCGGCGUGGCUCAUCCGUGGAAAAUAUUUUGCAAUCCCUCCAGCUUGGAUCAUGGUGUUCUAAUAGUCGGCUAUGGUGUCCAUAAAAGAACUAUAUUAUCAGAUGAACCUUAUUGGAUAGUAAAGAACAGCUGGGGAAAAACUUGGGGUGAACAUGGAUAUUAUUUGGUUUAUCGUGGAGCCGGCAUGGCUCUAGCAGACUCGCGAGAAGAAUCAGAUAGAGUAACAAUAAAGGUUAACAAACUGAAUCUGGAAUGUAGUAUUUGCUUGGAACUAUUAACAGAUCCAAGGGUUUUACCCUGUCAGCAUACCUAUUGUGCCUCUUGUGUCUCUAAUUAUGUUCGAUACCAGUUAGAAGUGGAAAGAAGAAGUAUGGCUUGUUGUCCACAAUGUAAACGAGAAAUUCCUACUGCUUUAGGGGCAGAAGGUAGGCAAUUAAAAUUGCCCCGAAACCGCUUGAUUGUGGAGCUCCUGGCUGAAGUUAAGAAAGUAGAUGAACGAAGAAUAAGCAAAAAAAAGCGAAAAGUGGAUGACGAAGAAGAUGAUAUUCAGGUCGUUGACAUAAUUCCAGCGAAAAAAGAAAAACGAGGAAAUGGCCAUUCAAUGAGAUAUAUUGGAACCAUGAAAUCUUCGAGAUUGAUAGCGCUGAAGCAGAUGUUAACAGUCGAUUGCGAACAUCAUAAAGAUAACUACAAUAUUUAUUGUGCUUUGUGCGACAAACUAUAUUGCUCUGUUUGCGCUGCCUUAAAUCUUCCAAAAGCCAAACAUUCUGAUGUGGAUGUUGGUUCCGACAUCAUCUUAAUUGAACCAACUACUGAAUCAUCGACGUCAACUACUCGGUCAGAGGACGAGGCUCUUUUAACUAUUCGAGAUGAUCGCCGGCCAAAUUGGUUCGCUCAAAAUGAUCCAGAGGAGCGAUGGGGUCCUUUACAAUUACUACAAAUGCCGUUUGUGCCGUCAUCAACUACACCAGCUCCGCUCAACUUAACCCAGCCUCGGCCAAUGGACUUCACUCCAUUUACUAAUCCUCCUAUUCCCUCCCAUUUCAAUUUUGCUAACUUUUAA